AUGGACGCCAUCUCGAUUGAGGAGGCCAACAAGAUCCGGGUGGCCAUGGGCAUGAAGCCCCUUCCGGUCCCCGGCAAGGAAGACACGUCCGGCCCCGUCUUCAAGGAGCCCAAGGCCGGCGACGACUCCGAUGAAGAGCCCGCAAGCACCCUCGAAACCCGCUCCGCCGCCGCAUUCGACAACUGGAAGCAGAUAGAGGAGGAGAAGGCGGCGAAGGCAAAGCUGCAGGCAAAGAAGGACGCGAUCAAGAAGGCCCGUGACCAAGCGCAGCGAUUCGCCAAGCUUGAGGGCCAGGGCUUGGGUGAGGGCGAUGAUGUGGAUGCGAAGACGUGGCUCAUGGGGCAGAAGAAGAGACAGAAGAAAAUCGAGAAGGCCAGGAAGCUUGAGCAGGAACUCGCUGAGCAGGAAGCCCAGUUGCAAGCGGAGUACACUGCGAAGGACCUGGCCGGUGUGAAAGUUGCCCACGAGUUUGAUCAGCUCGGCGAGGGCGAGGAGCACAUUUUGACGCUCAAGGAUGCCGCUGUCGACGACGAGGAGGCCGGAGACGAGUUGGAGAACCUCGGUCUUGCGGAGUCUGAGAGAACGAAGGAGCGCCUCGACUCGAAGAAGAGGAAGCGCGCGUACGAUCCGAACGACAUGGACGAGUCCGGCCAGCAAUCUAUCCUUGCUCAAUACGACGAAGAAAUCGACGGCAAGAAGCGCAAGGUGUUUACUCUUGAUGGGCAGGGUAGAACGGUGGAAGAGACUCAGAAGAUCAAGGAUGAUGGCACUCUCGGCCAGUCGAAGGUCAAGAUUAGCCUUGACCUGCUGCAAGAGGAUACGCCCAUCUCCGACUACGUGGACCCCUCCGAAGUUAAGAUCAAGAAGCCCAAAAAGAAGAAGAAGGAGAAGAAGUCCAGGAAGAAGGCUGCCGACGAUGACGACAUCUUCCCGAUGCCAGAGCCUGCUGCACCCCAAGAAACCGGGGGGAUGGACGUCGACCAGGCGGAAGCUGCCCCGCCAAAGAAGAAGAUCGUGGAGGACUUCAUCGAUGACGAAGACCUGCAAGCGAACCUUGCCAUGCAGCGACGAGCUGCCUUGAAGAAGAGGAAGAAGAUGAAGCCUGAGGACCUUGCUCGGCAGCUCCGUGAGGAAGCCUCCGAAACUCCCGAUGUCAUGGAUACUGUUGAGAAUACGGAAGAUGAGCCUGGUCUCGUCAUCGAUGAAACUUCGGAGUUCGUCGCCAAUCUUCAAGGGCCAGCAGAGCGACCGGAACGCCAACGCAACAAGUCCUCUCAGCCACGGAGUCGUGCAGUCUCCGAGGCAGCCAAUGGUGUGGAUGAAGAGGGUGAUGUUGAUAUGGACAAGUCAUACGCCGAGGUCGAGGAGGCACAAGAACGAGCAGCCCGCGAAGCAAGGAGCGUGUCGGUUCCAGACAUCACUACCACUGGUCUGGACGAAGAAGAGACUGUCGACCGCGGUAUUGCUGCAACCCUCCAUCUCCUCAAGCAGCGUGGACAAAUCGCGGAGGCGAAUGGCGGCGAGCUCAACCAGAGGCACAUCGAGCACCAGCGCUUCCUGGCCGAGAAGCAGAGGAUGGAAACGGACGCCGAGAUGCGCGCCAAGCUCCAGCGUGAGCGUGAUCGCCGCUCUGGCCGCCUCGAGCACAUGUCCGCCCGCGAGCGUGAAGCCCUGGCUCAGAAGGCCAACCAGGACCGCGACCGCCUCGAGUCGCGCAAGAUGGCAGACAUCUUCAACAAGGAGUACAAGCCGAACGUCGAGCUCAAGUACAUUGACGAGUUCGGCCGCCGCAUGAACCAGAAGGAGGCCUUCAAGCACCUCAGCCACCAGUUCCACGGCAAGGGCUCCGGCAAGCAGAAGACGGAGAAGCGCCUCAAGAAGAUCGACGAGGAGAAGAAGAGGGAGGCCAUGAGCAGCUUGGACUCCAGCCAGCAUACCGCCAUGAACACGGCGAUGGAUACGACGGCGAAGAAGAACAGGCAGGCGGGUGUGCGCCUGCAAUAG